GGCCAACGGGCCGGGCUAUAGGCUAGUGUUUUACAUGUUAUGAAAACAUCAAACACUCAUAUAUAUAUAUAUCAGGCCGCUAAUUUAUUAAAAUUGUACUUUUUACUUAAAUUUUGAGAGCUUUUUCUCAAGUAUGAGGAAAAGUAUGUCUGGUAAGUGUUUAGAAAAUGUAAAGUUUAUAAAAGAAUUUUUCUAAUUAUUUUUUUCAUUAGUUACAUUUUGGUAAUUAAAAACUCAUAUUAAAUACAUUGCUUUUUAAAAUUUUAAAUCCUUCAAUAAAUGCAUCUCUAUGUCUCUAUCUCUCCUUUUUUCAGCAGCCACUCCACUCUGAUCAGCUGACUUUCUCAAGUGAAAUUUUUCAGUCAGACUCCCUCCAGCCACCUGAAAAAAAUGUACAACUCCGUUAAAAAAAUAUAUCACUCCAAAUGUACCACUUCAAAAGUCUAGUGUGUACGUGGGCACCGGGUCGGGCCGCCCACAGGCUUGCACGGUACGACACGAUUAGAGCCCGGCACGAGCACGUGCACGAAAUAUAUGGGUCAGCCCGGCACGAGCACGAAUUCUUUACAGACAGUGUCGGGUCUAAACUUCAUGGACACGGGCACGACACGGUAUAUAAAUGGGUCAUGACGGGCCUAAUAUUUUCAAAACCUUAUUGCGUAUAAGAACGAACAUAGCACAAAAAGAAUAUUAAUUUGAUAAAAAAUAAAUAUAAAAAGAAUAAUAGGUUCAAAUAUUGCAAAUAUAAGUACAAAAAUAAUUAUUUAUGUUGUUAGAAGUGAUUAUUAAGAUAUAUACGUAAUUACUUGCAUAACAAAAAAUGGACGAAGAAUUAAACAAAGUAAUCACACUCGUUAUACUUUCAAUUUUUUUUUUUGAUGAAUUUACUUUCAAUUUUCUUUUCCCCUUUGUUGUUACAUUUUUCAAACAUUCCCGAUUAAUACUUUCAUUCAUCAUCCAAUUUUCUCCUUCUUUUUCGUUCCCUCUUUUAGUUUCUUCCUUUUCGUUAAACACAAAUAUGAGCAUGACACAAGCACGAGUAGGCAAGGCAACCGUGCCCGGGCCGGACCUAGCAAAAGUAACAAAUGGGCUUGCACGACACGACACGAAAACUGGCGAGCCGUGCCAAGCACGGCACGAAAUAAAUGGGCCUGAAGCGUGCUUGUGUCGUGCCGGCCCAACGCCCAUGUACAAUCUAGUGGUAGUGAUUUCCGUCGAGUGGUAGCGGCGUAGCGCUAUCAGAUGAUAGUAGUAGUGUACCAUUCGAUCUGGUAGCGCUACCAGAUGGUAGUGGUAGCGUACAACUUAAUCUGAUCUCGCUAUCACUGCACUAAUAGAGGUACCACUUGACGAAACACUACCACUCGACUAUACACAUAAAACAACAUAUAUGGAAAUCGAACACGUAUCUAAAAAAUGAAGGGGAGGGAAGAAAGAGUAGUGGCGAAGAGGGAGGGUCAUGCUCCCAUGGUGACAGCGUCGGCGACGAUUGAGCUUAAAUUGCGUAAGGAAAAGGUGGAUGAGGUCGAGGCAUUGGCGGUGAAAGGAGCGUCGGUCGGACGCCGCAACGACAUCAACAAAUCCCCUCUUGUAGACUCGAGGAGGCUGGCGGCGGGAUAGAGGAGGCGACGCGACAGUGAUGAGCGAAUCCCUCUUGUCGGUGGGAGGAGGCCAACGACGGGAGAGAAGUGGCGACAAUGGUGGGAUGGUGGUGGUGGCUGGCGGGAGAGCGGGAGGAGAAAGAAGAAGAGAUGUUUGAUAGGGUUAGAGGAGGAAGGGGAUAGAUAUAUGUAGAGUUAUAAGGGAUUAGUGAUUGUGUGUAGUCUACUUUUUCAUUCAAUUUUGCUCUUACCAUAAUCUCAUCCAUCAAUUAAAAAAAAAGAAAAUAUAAUAAAUCUAAUGAUCACUAGCUAGAUAGCGAGAUUGACAACCCUCUUAGAAGUUGUCACCGUAUCUCGUGUAGAUGGAUUCAUGUGAAGGAUUGACAACAUGGUAAAUCCUCAAUGAGCUUCAAAAUAUAGUAGUUCCUAGAAACCGGCCCAAACAAAUAAACAUGGUAUAUUCGC